UAUGUCACUCGAACCUUGCUAUAAAAGCUCUUGACCGAUUCCCCAGUCGGUUUACUUGACCAGCAGUCGUCGCACUUGAACAACAUGCGCGCUCCCGAGUGGAUGAGCAGUGAGAUGGCACGAAUCACGUCAAAACUGGAGCGUAUCAAGCCAUCGGGCAGUGGCUACAAUCGCAUCCAGUCGAUUCGACUGUCCAAGAGCGUCACCCAAAUGCUGAAUAAUCCGAUGCCUCCGUCCCCAGCCGCUGCCACCGCCAGAACGCAGCAGCAGGAGAGCUCCUUUGCAACGCCGCGACGGCGAGGUGUCCUUAGUCGCAGCGAAUCCGAGUGGGAGGAGGUGUAUCCUGCCGUCAAGAUCAACCGCCAGGAGAGCAGCGAGAGUGCCACGAGCGAGGACAGCGAGCUGAGGUUUAAUCAUUAUAGAAAUUGUGCCACACGAAUUCCCUAAUUUGGGGAUAUUUAACUCUAUCCACUUUGCAAUAUUUGUAAAUUUGUAUCUGUGUUAAAUAAAAAAAAAAU